UUCACCUCUUAAAAUAUUAAAACCAUUCCCACCACAAGUCCAAAAGCCAAAACUAGAUUCACACACCCAUCCCUCACAGUUAAAUCCUUUAUAAUUCAAAGCACACCUUCCUCUUUCUCCUCCUCCUGUAAUGUCCCUUUAAAAGCAACUCCAGUUAUUUUACUCACACAAGCACCAUACAACUCAAUAACUCACUAUUUACUUCACUUCCUCAUGGCUGGCAAUGGACAGGAAGGUUUAGGAGAUGAUUUCUUGGAGCAAAUAUUGGCCGUCCCAUCUGGCUAUUCAACUACUCAACCCACCGCUGUAGUCGGCUCUACUUCAACCAUACCCAUCUUCCUCCAACUGGGCUCUACUGGCGUUGCUGACAUGCGAGGUUUGGGUAUGGGGAUGGGGAUAGGGAUGAACAUGAAUAUGAUGCCUUUAGGCUUGAAUUUGGAACACGCCUUCCUGCGACAAGACGAUAACAACAACAACAACAACACUAACAAUAAUGCUUCUUCUUCUCCUAAUUCUUCAACCACUGGAAUCAACGAGAGGGAUUCGGUGCACAUGCCAAGUUUGUUUCCGGCGUUUGGACAGUUGCAAGCUCAUUCGUUACGGCCGUGGCCGUCACCGCCACCGCCACGGCCGCCACCAUUCCACCAGUCAUUUCCUGGCCACCAAACACCAGGAGUUCCUGCUGCACUGCAGCCGCCUGCCAUCCGCCCAAGGGUGAGAGCAAGACGAGGACAAGCCACAGAUCCUCAUAGCAUUGCUGAGAGAAUACGUAGGGAAAGAAUUGCAGAAAGAAUCAAGGCUUUGCAGGAGCUGGUUCCUGGUUGCAGCAAGACAGACAGGGCAGCCAUGCUCGAUGAAAUUGUGGAUUAUGUGAAGUUUCUGAGUCUUCAGGUCAAGGUUUUGAGCAUGAGUCGAUUGGGCACAGCCGGUGCAGUGGCUCAGCUUGUGGCUGAUAUACCUUUAUCAUCGGUUGAGGGAGAGAGCAUUGACUGUGGAACCAAUCAACCAGCUGGGGAGAAGUGGUCGAGCGAUGGAACAGAACAAGAAGUAGCUAAGCUAAUGGAAAAAGACGUUGGCGCCGCAAUGCAGUUCCUUCAGUCGAAGGCGCUCUGCAUCAUGCCGAUAUCACUUGCAAAUGCAAUCUUCCAGAGCCAUCAGCCUGAUGCACAGUCCUACAUUAAGCCCGAAUCAAACACCCCUUCAUAGAACUCUGAACAAUGAUCUCACUUUCGCAUGAUAGAAUCCUGGUGUGCAUCCAGGUCCCAAAUCCUAUAGCAGUCAGCACUUACAACAGCAGUGUAUUACCUACUUUCUAACUACAUUUUUCCAAGAAACAAUCAAGUCUGGUGCAAUUGUUGAUUCAUCUUUACAAUUUGGUCAAACAAAUAGUGAAGCAGGCAGUUGAUGCUAAGCAAUGGUCAAUUCCAAGUGAAAAAGAUUCAAAGCUGAAUCAAUGGAGUUGCUGGGAAGUAUCUGUGGUGGGGUUAGUGGUGGAUGAGCAAGAUAUUGGUGGUGGGAAGUUGCUUUCUUUUUAUAUUUAAGGUUAGUGCAAUGUGGGACCUUUCAAAAGAGAUGGAUCGAUAGGUAUUUGUAUGAUGUAUUUGCAUAAAAAAUUAGAAUGCAGGAUAAAAUAUAUAUAAAAAUGGUUGGUUGUUUUCUAAA